AAGAAACGUCACCUCAUCAAAACACAAUUUAUUGAGAUUUAUUAUAUUUUAGUUGUAUCAAAUUUGUCAUACAUAAACAGAUUACAUAUUACACAUGUAAAACAAGCCUGAGAUUCUUUACACCUUGACUAAUUAUGUAAAAAAACAAACAGCAUAAUAACGCUUGCUACGUACAUAUGUUUAUCUCGAUUUACAAUAUUUGGUCAUACAUAAGUAAAUUACAUACUCAGUGGAGAUAAAACAUUUCAUAUAAAUGUUUUGUGUUAUUAAUACGUAGUUUAAAAUAGGUAGUACGUGCCGAAAGUAACAAUUGGUUAGCACAAUAUGCCGAUACCUUUGGUACAUUUACAGGAUGGUAAAGUUAAAGGUAAAAUAUCUACAGACUUCUUAGGUGGAAAAUAUUAUAGUUUUAUGGGUAUUCCAUAUGCAAAAGCACCAGUCAGAAAUUUAAGAUUUAAGGCUCCUGUGCCAGUAGAGCCCUGGGAAGGAAUUAGGGAUGCAACAAGGGAGGGUCCAGAAUGUCCGUCAUACCAUUCACCAUUCGGCUAUUACAUAGGUUCUGAAGACAAUUGUUUAAAUUUAAAUGUUUAUACACGUCAGUUAUCAUGCAACUCCGCAACCAUGAAACCUGUUAUGGUAUGGAUUCAUGGAGGUGCUUUUCUACGUGGUUCAAACAGAACUGAUGCGUACAGUCCCGAUUAUUUAAUCACUGAAGAUAUUGUCCUUGUAUGCAUAAAUUAUCGUUUAGGAGUUCUAGGCAAAUUCAUUUAUAUUAAAUGUUUGUUAAUGGUAAUUAUUCACGUUUAUUCAGGUUUUCUCAGUUUGGAAGAUUCGUCCCUCGAAGUUCCCGGAAAUGCUGGUUUAAAAGAUAUGGUACUUGCACUACAAUGGGUUCAAAGGAAUAUCCAACAAUUCUGUGGUGAUCCCAACAAUGUCACAAUUUUUGGUGAAAGCGCAGGAUCUGCUUCUGUUCAUUAUCUGUUACUGAGUCCACUAUCUAAGGGUUUGUUUCAUAAAGCAAUAGCUCAAAGUGGAUGUUCCUUGAACAGCUGGGCUAGAGGUUGUAGUAACGGAAUAAUAAUAGCGAGGAAUCUUGGAUACGAGGACACAGACGAAAGAAAUAUACUAGAAUAUUUAAAAAGUGUACCUGCACGUAAAAUCGUAGAAGCCCAAGAGAUAACAGGGGAUUCUUUUAAUGUAGGCAUCAUAAGACCCUUUGGACCAGUUGUGGAAAAAUAUCGCUCAAAGGGCGCAUUUCUAUGUGAAGAUCCCAUUAACAUUGUUAAAUCCGGGAAAUUUCAUCACGUACCUUUGGUUAUGGGAUACACUUCUAGAGAAGGAAUGCUUUUCGUAUUUCUAGACGAGUUAAAACAUGGAAGACGAAGAACAAAUUUCGAAGAAGAAAUUUUCUAUGAUCGCAAACUACACAUGAAUUCAACCGCGUUUGAGAAAUGUGUCCUAGAAAUUAAGAAAUUUUAUAACCAGGAAGAAAAUGAACCCGAAGAAGAUAUCGAAAAAUUGGAUUUAUUGAAAACCGACAACUUGUUUCUUUAUGGCAUCCACAAAUGUGUUUCUUACCAGAAACUGGUCAGUCAGGCUCCAAUUUAUUUUUAUAGAAUGACGUUAGAAACGACAAACAAUCACGCAAAGGAAAUUUCUACUACGAAACACAUUUACAUCCUUGUGGUUUUAUACUUCAUAAUAAGCAAAUUAGGAGAUGGCUUUAUAAAAUCCACGCUUUUAAAGUUUGCCAAAUUAAUACCACAAAAUAAGCGGACUGGAACGUGUCAUAGUGAUGAUCUCUACUACCUAUUCCGAACAUUCAUGAAUGAAAAAUUUGAUGAUGGAGAUGAGAAUAAUACUUAUAUAAUGAGAUUUGUUAGACUUUGGGCAAAUUUUGCUCGAACAGGUGACCCAACUCCAGACAAAGACGAUCCACUUAUUAAUAUUAAAUGGACACCAGUAAACAGAAAUGAAAAUUGUUUGUUGAAUAUUGACAAAGAACUGAAAAUGUUAGUAGAUCCAGAUUUAGAAAGGGUAAAGUUUUGGGAAAAUCUUUUUGAAGAGUAGGUGGUUAAAAUGAGCCUUAUUAAGCUGGGAAUAAUUCGUUUGUUCGUUUUCCAUAUAAGUAAUACAUAUAUAUUUUAAAAUGUAUAAUUAGGCACUUGUUUCACACGAUUUCAUUUGUGCUAGUAUUUUUAAUUUACGAAUUUUGAGAAAAUGUUGUCUUAGUUUAACCCGUUUUAUUACUACCCAUGUUAACGUUGUGGAGCUUAUCAAACAUAAAUUCUUGAACUAUUUAUAUUUAUAUUUUGUGAAACACCGUAUGUGACAAUAUCAUAAAUUAAUUCUAGUUAGUCGACUUUAAUUAUUUAAGGUCUGUUAGUGUGUAAGAAGGAGAAAGUUGUCUGUAAGCCAUUUUUAGUGUAAAUUCAAGUAUUGUUUAUUGUGUCAAAUGCAAAUAGAGGGAAAAAAUUGUUAUUCUCAAGAAUUUUGUGCUACAUCUAAGGUUAUUAUAACAGAAGUACAAAAAAAUUAAAAUGCAAACAAGUUUUACUACGCUCUGAAUUUUCCAUUUCCAGGAAAAAAGAACUGAGUAAUGAAAUGAAAGCCAAAAUAUUUAACAGAGUGUCUUGAAAACAAUCGAUCUAGUAGACGGAAACGAGAGACGUACUCUAGGAGUCGAGAAAACAUAAAAUUAACCGUCGUCCGAUGGACUCGAUUACGAUAUUUACUUAGCUUACACACAGACUAAAGUGU